GACCACCAGGCUGACUUCCAUCCUAUGAUUUUUGCUUAUUCCCUAGUUCUGUCGUACUUGCCUACGCUGCCUUUUGAAAGUGGGUGGUUAGUUCCAAAUGUCGGGCGUUCGCGAGUUCAUUCAGUAAUGGAAUGGGGGAUUAAUAGCCGGAUAUGCUCCAUAUAGGACUGGUUUAUAAGUUUAAUAUGGAGAAGAGAUAUUAUUCCAAUACAUGGAUUAGUUGAGGAGAAAGCAGCCGUAAAUCUAAACUCUCAUAUAGGAGGGGUCGAAAGAAUAGAGUCAGGCCUGGGGAAUGCUGGCGUUCCUCCGCUUGUUUUCCCGUUACUGGCUGGAUUCUCAGGUUAUUUAAACCAAAAGAAAGGGAAUAGCUUGUAACCCCCAUAAAACCCCAAUAAUAAAUAAAUUCGUUGAGUUUAUUCCCAAAUAUCCACGCCCGUCGUUGCUUCUCGGGUCGUUCUGGCCUGGUAUCCUUCUCCGUUAUCUUAGCGCGAUCAGGGCUUAAAUUCUUGGCACCCACAGCAAAAGAUUGACUAGUACGGCGACGGCGAGGUUGAAAGAGUUUGGAGAUCCCCCACGACGCCUCACGCCUAACUCAUUUACGAUCUCAACAGAUCCAUUCCAUUCGCACAAUAUGGCGGUCGCAGCUGAUUCUUUUCUCCAUCUCGCCAGGCCACUCGGGCCCGCGGCAGUUGGCAUUCAACCCACCACCGCCCCGCUCAAUGUUAUCGUCCAGCCACAGGUCGUCUUCUCCAUCUUAGAUCACGCUCUCCGCCGCGACCCGGCAUCGAACCGCGUUAUCGGUGCCCUCCUGGGUGUCCGCUCCGAAGAUGGAAUGGAGGUCGAGGUCCGCAACUGUUUCGCCAUCAACCACACCGAGACAGAGGAGCAGGUCGAGGUCGAUGUCGAAUACCAGAAGAACAUGCUUGCGCUGCAGUUGAAGGCCAACCCGCGCGAGGUCCUCCUUGGAUGGUACACGACCAGCCUCGAGCUGAACAACUUCAGCGCUCUGAUCCAGAACUUCUUCGCCAGCUCCGAGACCGGCACCUUCCCACACCCGGCCAUCCACUUGACCGUCUCGACAGAGGCGGGCAAGGAGAUCGAGGCCAAGGCUUACAUCAGUGCACCCGUAGGCGUGAAUGCCGAGCGUGCGGCUGAGAGCUGUCUCUUCAUCCCCGUCCCAUACGAGAUCCGAUACGGCGAGGCAGAGAAGAGCGGCCUCGAGCUGAUCUCCGGCGCGAAGGACGUCGAUGCCCGCGCAGCACCAGUCGUCACAGACGCUGAGAGCCUCGAGCGAGCGAUUGAGCACACUCUGGACCUGUUAGAACGCGUCUCCGAGUACGUCUCGUCCGUUCUCGACGAGGAGCGCGAGCCAAACAACGCCCUGGGCCAGUUCCUCAUGAACGCCCUCUCGUUAGCACCAAAGGUCGACGCCGCAGACAUCGAGCGCGACUUCAACAACCACAUCCAAGACAUCCUUGUCGUCUCCUACCUCACCAACACCAUCCGCACACAAAUCGAUCUCUCGCAGCGUCUGGCCACGGCCGCGAUUACUCUUGGCAGCACCGACGCGAUAGGAAGUAACGCAGGUGGAGAGGGCGGCGAGAGAGGCGAGCGUGGGGAGCGUGGAGGAAGGGGUGGAAAGAGGGGCGGACGCGGUGGACGUGGAGGUGGACAACCGAGGGAGCCGAGGGAGCCAAGAGAGGAAUAGAUGACGGUAGAGCUUGAUGACUUUUUAAAAUAAUGCGGCUUUAGGUCCUCUACGCCUUGCAUGGCUGUAUUGCAUUGUAUAGGAUGAGGGGAAAGCAUGGCGUUUGGUUGGGCCACCGGUAGAGACGAGCAUUAAAAUACCACGCUAUAACGUCAGUUCAUGUCUACUACACUGAUUGUUUG